UCAGUCACUGGGAUGCGCGAGACCCAGCAGCCACCGAGCAUAUAGCGCGGGAUAAAACGAAAGCUUACCAAUAAUUAAAUAUCCUUCCUUCCUUUUUGUCGAAGGAGGAUAAAGCCGAUGUUGCAUGCGGAAUGGAAUUAGAUUUUUGUUCCACAGAACCAAAGACCCAAUGAGAGGGUCUAGGUUUAGAGAUCACUGAACAUUUGGUUCAAACGCAUAUCAGCAGCACAUUAGAGUUGUUUUGCUCUGUGAAGAAAAAUAGUUAAUUUUGUCCUGAAGUGCUGGAUUGUACCUAACUUGACAUGGCUCUUUUAGUCCACCUAAAAACAGUCCGGGACCUUCGCGGAAAGGGGGACAGAAUCGCCAAAGUCACAUUUCGAGGUCUGUCGUUCUACACACGUGUUCUGGAGAACUGUGAGGAUGAGGCCAGAUUUGAUGAGAUGUUCCGAUGGCCGAUCGCCAGUAGAGUGGAUGAAAACGAGAUACUGGAGCUUCAAGUGUUCAACUACAGCAAAAUCUUCACCAACAGAGUCAUUGGAACCUUCCGGAUGGUUCUACAGAAGGUGGCGGAGGAGGGGCAGCUGGAGGUGACAGACACACUCAUCGAUGACAACAACACCGCCAUACGGACUAGUGUUACCGUAGACAUCAAGUACACGACCAUGGAUGGGACAGUGGGGGUGUGGAGCGAUGGGGAAUUCCUGGACGUUCCGGGCGACCCAGAGGGAACGUUCCAGUUUGAGACAGACAGCCUGCUUUCCGGACACAGCCAUGGAUCAGGAUCAGGAGUGUCUCCUGGACGAUCCAUCCACGGAAUUCCCACUUUCAGGAAAGCAGGGAAAGGGGUAUUCUCAGCCAUGAAGCUCCACAAGACCAAGAGCUCCAGAGAUGACCACAAGAAAGAUGAGCCAGCCACCCUGGACAUGGAGGAUCUGGACAGGAAGGCCUUGCGUCUGGGAGGGUUUGGGGGUCUGGACCCAGACUGCAUCUCCCUGGCGUCCGUCACUGCCGUCACCACCAAUGUCUCCAACAAGAGGUCAAAGCCUGAUAUCAAGAUGGAACCUAGUUCUGGGAGGCCUGUGGAUUACCAGAUUAGCAUCACAGUGGUCGAGGCCAGGCAGCUGGUAGGCCUAAACAUGGACCCUGUGGUCUGUGUGGAGAUUGGGGAAGACAAGAAGUACACCUCCAUGAAGGAAUCCACCAACUGCCCCUAUUACAAUGAGUAUUUUGUCUUUGACUUCCACGUCCCACCAGAUGUCAUGUUUGACAAGAUCCUCAAGCUCUCAGUGAUCCACUCCAAGAACCUGCUGCGGAGUGGCACCUUGGUUGGCACCUUCAAGCUAGAUGUUGGCACAGUCUACUCCCAGCCUGAGCACCAGUUCUACCACAAGUGGGCCAUGCUGUCUGACCCUGAUGACAUCACAGCGGGGUGCAAAGGUUACAUCAAGUGUGACAUCGCCGUGGUGGGGAAGGGGGACAAUAUCAAGACUCCCCACAAAGCCAAUGAGACGGAUGAAGACGACAUAGAGGGGAACCUCCUGCUUCCAGAGGGAGUUCCGUUGGAGAGGCAGUGGGCGCGGUUCUACGUGAAGAUCUACCGAGCUGAGGGCCUUCCCAAGAUGAACACCAGCAUCAUGGCCAAUGUGAAGAAGGCCUUCAUAGGGGAGAACAGAGACCUGGUGGACCCCUACGUACAAGUGGUCUUCGCUGGACAGAGAGGGAAGACUUCUGUCCAGAAGAGCAGUUAUGAGCCCGUCUGGAACGAGCAGGUGGUCUUCACUGAGAUGUUUCCUCCGCUCUGCAAACGCAUCAAGGUCCAGAUACGAGACUCUGACAAAGUCAAUGACGUUGCCAUAGGAACACACUUCAUUGACCUGCGAAAGAUCGCCAACGAUGGUGACAAAGGGUUCCUCCCCACCAUGGGCCCAGCCUGGGUCAACAUGUAUGGCUCAACCCGCCACUACACUCUGAUUGAUGAGCACCAGGACCUGAAUGAGGGGCUGGGGGAAGGUGUGUCCUUCAGGGCCCGCCUCCUCAUCUCUGUUGCCGUAGAGAUCCUGGACACCACCUCCACUGAGAUUGUGAGCUCCACCGAGGUGCAGGUAGAGCCUGUCUCCAACAUCUCAGAGAGUGCCACAGGGAAAAUAGAGGAAUUCUUCCUGUUUGGUUCCUUCCUGGAGGCCACCAUGAUUGACAGGAAGAUCGGCGAUAAGCCAAUCAGUUUCGAGGUCACAAUAGGUAACUACGGCAACCAGAUAGACGGAGUGAGCAAGCCCACCGCAGCUAAGAAGAAGAAGAAGAAAGAGGGAGGAGGAGAGAGUGAUGAGGAAGAGUCAGAGCUGAUCCAGCAGAACUCCAGUGAGGACGAGGCGGAUGAUGAUGGGGACCUGGUGUCUGUGUCCUCCACCCCUCCCAUGAAGCCUGUCAUCACAGACAGGAACUACUUCCACCUGCCCUACUUUGAGAAGAAGCCAUGUAUCUACAUCAAGAGCUGGUGGCAGGACCAGAGGAGACGACUCUACAACUCAAACAUCAUGGACAAGAUCGCUGACAAAAUGGAGGAGGGUCUGAAUGACGUGCAGGAGGUCAUUAAGACAGAGAAGGCCUAUCCAGAGCGCAGACUCCGAGGAGUGCUGGAGGAACUCAGCACUGGCUGCAAUCGUUUCAUCACUUUGGCCAACAAGGACCAGAACCAGGCAGGCAGAACUAAACUGGACAAAGAGAGACUCAAGUCCUGCAUGAGAGAAAUGGAGAGCAUGGGGCAGCAGGCCAAGCUGAUUCGCUCCCAGGUGAAGAGGAACACAGUUAGAGACAAACUGAAGAUGGUUCAAAACUUCCUGCACAGGCUCCGUUUCCUUGCCGACGAGCCCCAGCACAGUAUCCCAGACGCGUUUGUAUGGAUGAUGAGUAACAACAAGCGUAUCGCCUACGCCCGCAUCCCCUCCAAAGACAUCCUCUACUCCAUCGUAGACGAGGAGACAGGCAAGGACUGUGGCAAGGUCAAAGCUGUCUUCCUCAGGCUGCCUGGUAAGAAGGGGUUUGGUCCAGCGGGUUGGACAGUGCAGGCUAAGAUGGAGAUAUACCUGUGGCUGGGUCUCAACAAACAGAGGAAGGACUUCCUGUCUGGCCUGCCCAACGGCUUUGAAGAGAACAAGGCUCCCAGGACAAGCCCCUGUCUACAGUCUGUACCCCCCGUCAGUCUGGUUUACAACAUGAAGCAGGUAUUCCAGCUGAGGGCUCACAUGUACCAGGCCAGGAGUCUGUUUGCUGCAGACAGCAGUGGCUUGUCAGACCCCUUUGCCAGGGUAUUCUUCUCCACACAUAGCCAGGUCACUGAGGUCCUGAGUGAGACUCUGUGCCCUACGUGGGAUCAGCUGCUGGUGUUUGAGGAUGUUGAGCUGUUCGGAGAGGCCGGCGAGCUACGAGACGACCCGCCUAUCAUUGUGGUAGAGGUCUACGACCAGGACACUGUGGGCAAGGCAGAGUUCAUUGGUCGGACAUUUGCUAAGCCCAUCACUAAGAUGUGUGACGAGCACUACGGCCCUCCGAGGUUCCCCCCACAGCUAGAGUACUACCAGAUCUACCGUGGUAACUCUACCGCCGGUGACCUACUGGCUGCCUUUGAGCUGCUGCAGAUUCCCUAUGACGAUGAGGAGAUCAGGAGGGCUCUGAUUGCUGUCCAUGACUUUGCUGUUCCUCAGAUUAAGAUUGGACAAGGGGGGAGGGCAGAGCUUCCUCCCAUCGAUGGUCCGACAGACUCAGAACGUGGACCCAUCCUCCCUGUACCCAUGGGCAUCCGACCUAUCCUCAGCCGCUACCGCAUAGAGGUUCUGUUCUGGGGCCUGAGGGACCUGAAGAGGGUGAAUUUGGCCCUGGUGGACAGACCCAGGGUGGACAUAGAGUGUGCAGGGAGAGGAGUCCAGUCUGCUCUCAUUCAGAACUACAAGAAGAACCCCAACUUCAGCACCCUCGUCAAGUGGUUUGAGGUGGACCUGCCAGAGAAUGAGCUCCUUCACCCUCCUCUGAACGUCCGGGUGGUGGACUGCAGAGCGUUUGGCCGCUACACCCUGGUGGGUUCCCAUGCCGUCACCAGCCUGCGACGCUUCAUUUACAGCCCCCCAGACAAGACACACAACAACUGGGCCAGCGCAGCUAGACUGAUGAAUGGCUACAUGGUCCUGACCAACGGGGGGUCCCAAUCUCGCCCCUGCUCCCCUUACUCCCGCACCCCACCCCGCACCCUCUCUCGCCCCGUAGGUGAUGUCACAGUCAACAUGGAUGCCGACCCCUCAGUCAGGAAGAUGGACACGGUGGUCAAGUUAGACGCUACGUCUGAUGCAGUUGUUAAAGUUGAUGUGAACGAGGAGAAAGAAGAAAAGAAGAAGAAGAAGAAGAAGAAGAAGGGAGAGGUGGAGGAGGACGAUGAGACAGACGAGAGCAUGCUGGACUGGUGGUCCAAAUAUUUUGCUUCCAUAGAGACACUGAUGGAGAUCCUCAGGGCUCAGGAGGCAGCUCUGGCCGAGGCAGAGGAGAGGGAGGACCAGGAGAUAGCAGCAGAGGGAGCAGAUAUCAAACCUGAUGACCUCCCUGUAAAAGGCUCCAAGGGGAAGGAGAAGAGCCGAGACAAGAACAGGAACAAGGAGAAGAAGAAGAGCCACCAUGCAGGAGAGGAGACAGAGAAACACUCCAGCAAACCCAAAGUGGACGAGCUGCUGGUGUACAACAAGGAGCUGGAGGCAGAGUAUGAUAACUUUGAGGACUGGCUCCACACCUUCAACCUGUACAGAGGGAAGGCAGGGGACGACGAUGAAGCAGCCCUGGAUGACGACAGGAUCGUGGGCAGAUUCAAGGGCUCCAUGUGCAUGUACAAAUUGCCUCUGUCUGAGGAGAUCACCCGGGAGGUGGGCUUUGACCCAAACAUGGGCAUGUUCCAGAGCAUUCCACACAAUGACCCUAUCAACGUGCUCGUGCGCGUCUUCGUGGUCAGGGCCACAGACCUCCACCCUGCUGAUGUGAAUGGGAAGGCGGACCCCUAUGUUGUCAUCAAACUGGGCAAGUCAGAGCUGAAGGAUAAAGAGAACUAUAUCUCCAAACAGCUCAACCCUGUCUUUGGCAAGGCGUUUGACAUGGAGGCUACGUUCCCCAUGGAGUCCAUGUUGACCGUGUCAGUGUAUGACUGGGAUCUGGUGGGCACUGAUGACCUCAUCGGGGAGACCAAGAUCGACCUGGAGAACCGCUUCUACAGUAAACACAGAGCUACCUGUGGCAUCGCUAACAACUACUCUGUACAUGGUUACAAUGUGUGGCGUGACCCGAUGAAGCCAAGUCAGAUCCUGGCCAAGCUGUGUAAGGAGGGCAAGCUGGACGGCCCCCACUACGGUCCCGGGGGCAGGGUCAAGGUCGCCAACCGUGUCUUCAUGGGUGCCACAGAGAUCGAGGAUGAAAAUGGUCUGAAGAAGCAGACAGACGAGCACCUGGCCCUGACGGUGCUGAAGCACUGGGAGGAGAUCCCCAGGGUGGGCUGUAAACUCAUCCCAGAACACGUGGAGACAAGACCCCUACUCAACCCUGACCACCCUGGCAUUGAGCAGGGGCGGAUUGAGAUGUGGGUAGACAUGUUCCCCAUGGACAUGCCAGCACCUGGACCCGCCAUCGACAUAUCACCACGUAAACCAAAGAAAUAUGAGCUCAGGGUGAUUAUAUGGAAUACAGACGAAGUAAUACUGGAGGACGAUGAUUACUUCACUGGGGAAAAGUCCAGUGACAUAUUUGUCAGGGGCUGGCUGAAGGGUCAACAGGAGGACAAGCAGGACACAGACGUCCACUACCACUCUCUGACGGGCGAGGGGAAUUUCAACUGGCGCUUCGUGUACCCCUUCGACUACCUGAUGGCUGAGGAGAAGAUCGUCAUCUCCAAAAAGGAGUCCAUGUUUUCCUGGGACGAGACCGAGUACAAGAUCCCUGCACGCCUCACCCUGCAGGUCUGGGAUGCUGACCACUUCUCCGCUGAUGACUUCCUAGGUGCGAUAGAGCUGGACCUGAACAGGUUUCCCCGCGGGGCGAAGACAGCCAAGCAGUGUUCUAUCAACAUGGUCCAGAACCAGGCAGAGCUGCCCUGCAUCUCCAUCUUCAAACAGAAGAGAGUCAAGGGCUGGUGGCCAUUCGUGGCCCGUGACGAGAAUGACGAGAUGGAACUCACGGGUAAAGUGGAGGCGGAGCUUCAUCUCAUGUCGGCAGAGGAGGCGGAGAAAAGUCCUGUUGGUCUUGGACGCAAUGAGCCUGACCCUCUGGAGAAACCAAAUCGUCCCAACACCAGUCUGUCGUGGAUUCUGAGCCCGGUGCGUGUAGUGUGUAUCCUAGUCUGGAGGCAGUACAAGCUGCACUGUGCUCUGCUGCUGGGGGCCAUCCUGGGACUUCUGUUCCUGGGCCUGCUCUUCUUCUCCCUGCCUUCUGCCCUCAGCUACAAGAUCUUCAACGUCGCUGGCUGAACACACACUUAUCAACCACACACAUGCAAACGCAACUUUCUCUCCAUGUGGCUGAUCCCUGAAUGUAUUUGCAUCUUAAAUUGUUUGUAUUGUACUGAACAAGUUCUAAUGCGUUACAUUUUAUUCAAUAUUGUUGGUAACAUUCUACUUUACUACUAGUUAACUCCCAUUAUGCACUUUAUAUUUUACAUUGUGUUAAACAUCAACUCCCAUACUGUAAGUUGACAAAGUGAUUUAUUUUCCUCAUCAAAUAUUUAAGCAUUUCCACUACACUCUGUUCGUGUGUGCUCUUCUCUUCCUCAUUGGUCAGCUCAUUCACUCAGGAGCCAAUGGCAUCACCUGGGUGGGCAGAAUAUCCAGCUCAGAAUUCAUCGGAAGAAUGGAGAUUGUCAGUAAAUGUCUCUAAAUUAGCACAAACAUUCUGGACAUUAACCCUCUAGAUGCUCUUACACACACACACUCACCCUGGAGGUGCUGUAUUGGUGCAGCAUCCGUAGCUCUGGAUUCUGUUUUAAACUCUGUGUCUGUCGUUAAACCGCGAUCAGAACAAUGCUGGGAACAGACCGAUAAAAAAACAAAUCAGUGCUCAAUCAAUUACCGCUCUUUAUAUCAACAGUUUUAUAACUCAAUUAGAGGCCGGAUUGAAUCUACAAUACAUUAGCAACAGCCUUCUAAUAUUGAGUUUCACCCCCUUUUGCCCUCAGAACAGCCUCAAUUCGUCGAGGCAUGGACUCUACAAGGUUUAAAGCAUUCGACAGGGAUGGUGGCCCAUGUUGACUCCAACAAGUUGGCUGGAUGUCCUUUGGGUGGUGGACCAUUCUUGACGGGAAACUGUUAUGCGUGAAAAACACAGCAGCGUUACAGUUCUUGACACUGAAACCGGUGCGUCUGGCACCUACAUUACUACCAUACCCCGUUCAAAGGCACUUAAAUAUUUUGUCUUGCCCAUUCACCCUCUGAAUGGCACACAUACACAAUGUCUAAAUUGUCUCAAAGCUUAAAAAUCAAUAAGGGAUCAUAGCUUUCACCAGGAUUCACCUGGUCAGUCACAAUCAUCACUCCAUUGCGAGAAAUAUGUUUGUUUGUAUGUUUGUAUGACCUGUGAGGCAUCUGUUUCUCAAACUAGACACUCUAAUGUACUGGUCCUCUUGCUCAGUUGUGCACUGGGGCCUCCCACUCUUUCUAUUCUGGUUAGAGACAGUUUGCGCUGUUCUGUGGAGUAGUACAGUGUUGUAUAAGAUCUUCAGUUUCUUGGCCAUUUCUUGCUGUUUUAUUGCUUCCUUAAUAAGGACAACCGUUUUCAGCUGUGAUAACAUAAUUGCAAACGGUUUUUCUAAUGAUCAAUUAGCCUUUUAAAAUGAUAAACUUUGAUUAGCUAACACAAUGUGCCAUUGGAACAUAGGAGUGAUGGUUGUUGAUAACGGGCCUCUGUACACCUAAGUAGAUAUUCCAUUAAAAAUCUGCCAUUUCCAGCUAUAAUAGUCAUUUACAACAUUAACAAUGUCUACACUGUAUUUCUGAUAAAUUUGAUAACAGAAUCAGUGUAAUGAACACACCCCAGCUCAACCCUUUAAGUGGAUAUUGAUUGGACUUGAGAUGGGUCUUUGGACUCCAGUGGUGUUACACAGACACUAGGGGGCUCUAGAGAGUCAGUCAUGAUGACAUACAGCAUCUCUCUCACACACACACACACACACACACACACACACACACACACACACACACACACACACACACACACACACACACACACACACACACACACACACACACACACACACACGCACACACGCACACUAGACUGCUCCACUCAUUGUGACAGACACACCACAGCACCAUAGGAAUCAACAUCAUGCUGCACUUUCUGAGUCUAGGGACCAGUAAUAAGAGCAUUAAGUGUUUAGUCUGGGCCAAGGUGAGGUGCUGUCUGAUCUGAACAAACAUCUGCAUGGUGUCCCUAAUUAAUUCUAGGCUUGUAUUACUCACAGCAGUAGUACAUUAUAAAGUGGUGUCUUUCCCUCAAUGGUGUAAACAGAUAUUAGUCAAGGACUGUGUUUCUUGAGUUUCAGUGAUAUGUAUAUUAUUUCAUACGGUUGGUUCGAAAGGAUACCAAGGCUACCAAUUGCCCUUUAGUAGACCAUUAGUCAGUUUAAAUCAGAUAUUUCAUAUAGGUGACACAGUCCCACAGGCCAUGCAUGAUAUGGUAUUGUGGUAUUGAUCAUGUUGCUGUUGUACAGUUUAUGUGACAGGUAACACGCCAAAAUGAACUGAUGAAGUGCACACAGUCCAUUUCCUUUUAUUGAUGGAAUGUCUUAAAAGGACUGAUUGGUCUAUACUGCUUUUUAACUACAAUUGAUUACAGACAACAACACUGCCCUGCAAUCAUUUAGCCUAUUGAUUGGCUGGUUAUUGAUCUGUGCCAUGGCAUUUAAAUAGCAUUUAUCAAUAACAACUUUCUGAUGGCCUGUCGAAUUUCUAGAAUGAUUUCACAAUCACAGCCUCAACAGACUGACAGUAGAAUGACAGCUAGUCAAUUUAUUAUACAUCACUGUCAGUCACUGUAUGGCAGGCCUGGGCAAUUCCAGUCCUCGGGGGAAUGAUUGGUGUCACACUUUUGUCCCAGCCCCAGCUAACACACCUGACUCCAAUAAUCAACUAAUCAUGAUCUUCAGUUAAUUAAAAAUGCAAUUAGUUUAAAUCAGGUGUGUUUUCUAGGGAUGGGGGAAAGUGUGACACCAAUCAGGCCCCCAAGGACUGGAAUUGCCCAGGCCUGCUGUAUGGAGUAGUCUCUUGUAAUUCACACUAGGUGAAGUCAAAGGGCUUGUCUUAAAAUAUAUCCAAUUCCCUACAUAGUGAGGGUACCAGUGGGGUUACCAGUGCCAGAGAUUUUAUGAUAUGGUGUCAUUCUGUAAAAUAUGGACCGUUAUUAAUCUAUUCAACACCCACACACUUAGGUUUAUAGCAGGGGUGGGCAACUCCAGUCCGCGAGGGCCUGAUUGGUGUGACACUUUUUCUCCAUCACUAGCAAACACAGCUGAUUAAUCAAAUUACAUUCUAAACUGAAGAUCAUGAUUAGGUGACUAUUGGAGUCAGGUGUGUUAGCUGGGACUGGGGAAAAACUGUGACACCAAUCAGGCCCUCAUAGGACUGGAAUUGCCCACCCCUGGUUUAUAGCUAUGAGGAUAUCUUAAUGUAUUAUUGUCCUUUAAAGUGUCCUAUGUCACAUAAUACACUUUCCACUUACAUUUUUGGACCGGAGGUUUGACACAGCCUUGAACCAAACCCUUGCUAAUGUUUUAUUGUGUCUUCGUCGUUGUGUUGUGUAGGAAAUGGCACUAGUUGUUCACCAAUUAGCAUCCUCAGGCCUGUUCUGGCGCCCGACCACAGAUGGUCCCAUGACACAGAGAGACUCUAGACAUAGUCUGGAGGCGACGGAGCGUAAACCGAGAACAAAGGACAGUGUCAUGAUGGUCCUGUGAGGAUCCAAAUAGGUCAGAUCAGGUUUGCAAUGAAUAACUUCAACCAGACCCCUCUCACCCGCAGAGGGGGGAGGGGGAGGGAACUGGUGGGGAUUAUCAAUUCUCGUCCUAUCGUAAAUCAGAGGAGAGAACAUUCAGCUCUCCCUCUCAAAUGUUCACCAGAUGAAUGUGCCUUUGUUUCACAGACUUUUCCCGCUAAAACUCUAACAUUCUAAAGCGAAUACUGGAACAAUAUUUUAACAUAGAAGCGAUCUAUAGAACACUAUUGUCAUAUUGUGUGUUAUUUUGUGAUGUCAUUAAAAAUGUUAUAAAGUAAAUACUGGAACUUGUAAAGUAUACCCACUACAUGUACGAAGCUUCCAUCCGAUGCGUGUGUAUGAAAUAUGAAAAAGUAUGAAAGUGUUGUUCAGAGGGAUAUGAGUUUAGGAACCAUAAAAUAUAAUUGUUUUACAUAAACUUUGCACAGUGACAAGUCACGCCCCUGAGUAAGGUAAGAGAGCGUGCCAGCCUGACAGAACUGCCCUUUUGAACAAACUGUAUAAAAUGAUGGGUUAAGAAUGAACAUAUCAGACCAGAGAGAUGUAGAGCUGCAGCUGACGUUUAAAGUGGUUUGAACUCUGAAUCUCAACUAGGGGUAGAGAUGAUAAACUCACCUCACUGGUACACUUGAUUAGCUGUCCUAAGUAAAGUAUCUAGAAAAGUGAAUUGAAGGGGGACCAUUCUACUAUGCUCAAACCACCGCAGUACGCUACUCUCAUCACCCCACUGGGAACCAUCGACACGGCUGGCCAGCCUGUCUUCAAAGAGGCAUCUUCCAGAGCGAAUGGAAGGAGAAUAAACGUUGUAGUUCUGUUCAGGACUAUUCGACAAGUCCCCAGAUACCAGACAACUAUAGAAAAGGACAACAGUAGAAGACUUGUCGGAACCAUUUUGGAAAAUCAGAGCCUUACAAGCAUGCCGCAAAAAGACCCAACCCCAUUUCCAAGGCGGCUUGGUUCUGAGAGAGAUACACGGUGAACCAAGGCAUUUUCACUUAAGUACAUUCAUGAUGUCUUACUCCAAGCGGGCAGCGAUUCAUGUGAAAAGUGUAAGUGAGAGUAGUUUCUAAAUGUACCAACGUCUCUGUCCCCCUCUCUCUCUCUCACCCUCACCAUGUCUUUUGUAACAAGCAGCCAUAUUGUUGUCAAUCCAAUAGGGACCUGUUUCUAAUGUAUUAAGUGUGUAUGUUU